AUGGCGGCAGAAGGACAACCACCCCUCAUUCGCAUCACGGUGUUUGCGCAACACAAUCCUAAACUGUCAGAGUCAGAGUUCAAUGAGCAUUGGGCGACCAAGCAUGGUCCGCUCGUGGCAGAGUGGCUGCAGAAAAACGGCAUUGUGAAAUAUGUUCAGUACCACACCACAUCCGAAGCCCGCGGCCUCCUGUCUCUGCCUACGCUCUCUUUCGACGGCGUCGCAGAGUUCUGGGUCAAAGACUACCGGGACUUUGAGAAUGCAUACAGCGAUCCGUUUUACCACGAAGUUGUCAAGAAGGACGAAGAGUACUUGUUUGAUGUGUCGACUAUGCGCGUUACAGCUGGAAUCGAGCUAAGCAUUAUCGAAGACGGGAAAAUUGUCGAGGAUCCUCAUGGUCAUUUGUAG